AUGACCAUGAACAUAUUGAGCAAGUGUUUUAUGGCCUAUAAAGAAACCGACCAGCCAGUGACCACUAACUGCCAAUUAGCAAAUGAUAAUUUAGUGACCAUCAGUCCUCUCAUUCACGAAGUUCAACUCAGUAAGUUUAAAAAAUUAAUGUUGGUGACGACCCUGAAAAAGUGGUUAUGGUUGACGGAAGCAGUUGUAGCAGUGAAGGCAGGCACCGUGCUACUUACUUCAUACAAGCGAACGCACGUGAACAUGGAAGUGCAAUUUAAAGGACAGAGUUGUUUGUUAUCAGGUUUCCAUGGCUGCCAGACAUUUAAUCACAGCUCUGUAAACUCGGAUAAUUAUUUCAUUUCACUAAUGGUGUCCACGGAUAAAGUGAAGGUGGCUGUCCGCGUCAGGCCCCUCAAUAGACGAGAAAUUGAACUGGGGGCCAAAUAUGUGGUGGAUAUGGACAGCUCCCAGACAUUUUUAUACAACCCUAAUUUUGGAAUCAAAGAUGGGUAA